AAUUAUGGGAUUAUGCAGAGGCCUUUACUUUUAGGGUCUGGAAACUGCCAUAGUUAGUAUCACAAGCUUUACACAUCAUCACUCUGUUCAAGGCCUAAGAAAAAAAGCAACACCAUGACGUUACGAGAUCUGAUACAUAUCCUCAAUACUUAUGAAAAAUUUAAUGUGACUCUGAUGGAAUCAGCAUAUACAACAUUAUUGCAAAAAAUCAGGAGUCAUGAAAUUACUUAUUCUGAAUUAAAAAAACAUGCAGAGUAUUUGUUGACAACUGUUUGCAGAGACAUUAAUUCUGAAAAGAAUACAUUAGCAAUGAGUGCAGUGAAAGUUCUACUAGUAUGUUUACAAGAGUUUGAUUUCAUCAAAGCAUUUCAUUCAGUCAUCACGGAGGCUCUAAAAAAACAAGCCAACGCUUAUGCCUGUAUGUAUAUUAGCUUGUAUGUUUUGAAGUGUACUCAUUUUCUUUCUGAGGAUCCUGCAUUUUCAGUGGUGUCUUCAUUGGUUCACAAUAAUGAGGAAAUCCAAGACUGUAAAGACAGUGUAUCCAUUGCAGCUGAGGUAGUCCAGUUAUUGAUUCGACUGGAGAAAAUUGCGGAUCAGAAUUUGAAAGCAUCUUUUUCUCCCUGGGCACGUUACAUUUUCUUAGCACUGGGGAGCCCCGAUCAAGAAAUCAGAAACCAGGCUCUUGAAUUGUUAGAAAAGUACAAGGAGCACCUCACCAAUAAUGAAUCAUUAAGCCUGUUUGUAGCUAAAGCCAUCCAGAAUGAGCUUGGCCAGAAUUUGAAAAACUUGUAUGCUAAGAACACAACCUUUGUUCUAAAAGCUUUGGUGUUGGUUGUAAAAACUGUAGGGAAGGAACUGCAUAGUAUUUUAAAGAAGAUGGUAGCCAUAAUUCACCCGAAAAUAGCUUCACCUGAUAAACUUAUGUAUUUUGAUACCUUGGAAAUCAUGAUUAACUGUUUGGUAGCUAAUAAUGCAGAUGUAAUCUGUCAACCAAACACUGUUGACCUAAUUAUGACAUGCCUAAAAGCAAAAUACAAUAUGACAGAGGAAGAAUCAGUCAAGAAAAUACAUUUGUUCUGGCUUCUAGUCAAAGCAUUAGGAUCUAAUAUUUCUUGUCUACGCAACAAGAUCAUUCUUCCAUUGUUGGAGCUUUGUCUUGAAGUCAACAAAAAGCCAGGAAAGUUGGUUUCUAAAUGUUUGACUUUUGAAUUCUUGGUUCGCCUGUUGGAAACUAACUUUUACCAAGACCAAAAUGUUAGUUUAGAAAGAGAACUGGAAAAUUAUAAGUGGUCUUUAGAACCUUUAUCUCAAAAGAUUGAAUGGGAUAUGUCUCCAUUAAGCACAAUGCUCAACACUUUUACUCAGUUAUUGAGCCUGGCCAAGAGAGACAUUGAUGCUGUUAUCCUAGUACAAAUCAGCUUGCAGUUUGCACAACGUAUUAAGGAGCAUCCCAAUACAAAACUUGUCUUCAGUUUCUUACAGUGCUUUGCUUAUCUUGUUGAUAACAAGAUGUUGAAAGAGGAGACAUUUGUGUUACUGGCAGUUUCCAGCAGUUUCAUCAUGCUUCAGGCAUUAACCUCAAAGAAAGAAAAAACAACAGAGAUUGUCAACAUACUCUCAAAUAUCUACAUUCAGAUGUUUGAACUAACAGUUUCGUAUAACCUGGUUUCUCUUCUGUUUGAGCAUCUGACACCAUCUCUAGUUCUCAUGUUUCAGCAGUCAUCCAGCAUUGAAAUUCUUUUGCCUUCAUUCACAACCACGUUGUCAAGAAUAUGGAAUAAAAUGUGUCACUGUGUAAGCAAGGUGUAUGGGCUGUCAUGCAGCUUUCAUGAUUUGAGCAUUUUAUUUCCACUGAUGGAAUGUACACUGCAACAUGCCCAUCGCAAUAUCAGGAAGUCUGCUGUCUCUCUCUGGAACAACACUUUCUGUCAUUUGUCUGAAGAUGUGUACCCUGACUCUCUCAAACUUGUAUUGAGCAAAGCCUUUUCCACCAGCUGUGAUCUGACCAAUCAAGAUUCUGCUUGUCAAACUUCUGAUAGUGAGGUUGUGAAGAAAGCUAAGCCUGAAACUGAAGCCAUUGAUCUUGUCCAAUUCAACUUAAAAACUCUCAAAGUGUCUCUGACAAAACUGGACCAGAAAGCAUGCAAAGAUUUUGUUAAGAUGAAAGAUAGAAAGACUAUUCCCAGCUACAAAUACGAAAUUGUUUUAGACCGUAAAAAUGCCGGAAUAUGUAUACAUGAAAGCAGAACAUCAACUGCUGCUCAUGGCCAGAACAGCACACCAACUACUGCAUCAGAUCAAACCAGCACACCAACUACUGCAUCAGAUCAAACCAGCACACCAACUACUGCAUCAGAUCAAACCAGCACACCAACUACUGCAUCAGAUCAAACCAGCACACCAACUACUGCAUCAGAUCAAACCAGCACACCAACUACUGCAUCAGAUCAAACUAGCACACCAACUACUGCAUCAGAUCAAACCAGCACACCAGCUACUGCAUCAGAUCAAACCAGCACACCAGCUACUGCAUCAGAUCAAACCAGCACACCAACUACUGCAUCAGAUCAAACCAGCACACCAACUACUGCAUCAAAUCAAACCAGCACACCAACUACUGUAUUGGAUGAAACUAGCACACCAGCUACUGCAUUAGAUCAAAUCAGCACACCAACUACUGCAUCAGAUCAAGCCAACACACCAACUACUGCAUUAGAUCAAACCAGCACACCAACUACUGCAUCAAAUCAAACCAGCACACCAACUACUGUAUUGGAUGAAACUAGCACACCAGCUACUGCAUUAGAUCAAAUCAGUGCAUCACCUACUAAAUCAGGUCAAACCAGCAAAAUAACUAUUACAUCAAAUCAAAGUAACACACCAACUGCUUCAGAUGAGGAUGAUUCACCUUCUUUGGACAAAGAGAAGACAGCGGCCCAUGUCAUUGAUAAUUUAUUAAAAGAAAUGUUGGAAGGCAGACUAUUGGACUUGACAGCUGAGUCUCAAAGUAAAAAGAAAAAGAAAGAGCAGCAUGUUGAUGUUUGUGAAGAAAGAAAAGUGCCAAAAAAAGAAAAGAAUGUAGAUUAUGAAGAUACUCUUCCACUGAAACACGAAGUGAAACUUCAAUUUCUGAAUAGUAAAGAGCUUAUAGACCUGAGUACUUUUUACUCUGACUUAAUUAUGGCCAGUGUCACUGGACUAGAAAAAAAAGCCUUUGUGUUCUCAUCCUUGCCAUUGUCUGAUCUGUUGAAGAUAGCAACAAAGUUAAUGAAAGUAUUGCAGAUGGUGGAAGAUGAAGUCCUCAAGAGACAGCAGUCUCAAGAUAUGCCACCAUUAAAAUAUGAAGAAAUUCCGUUAUUAACAUGUGAAGAUCUAGAAAUGCCAGUGUUGAAAUGUGAAAGACAGGAAUCCAUUUUUUGUUACAUUGAGACAGGUAACAGGUAGACAGUUUGGCAGGAUUUAGGACACUUAAAAAUGUACAUGCUCUUUAGUUAGUUUAGAAAUGUUUAAUUAGUUCAGAAAUGUUUAAUUAUUUCAGAAAGUUUUAAUUAGUUUAAAAAUGUUAAGAUUUUAAGUAACACUUUUUGUUCUAUUUCUAGUUCUAUAAUAGGUUGUGAUUUUCAAACUGACUGUGAUUAAGAAAUCUAGUCACACACAUUUUUACUAUGUCUUAAUCUUUAUCAAUAAUCAAUUGAUCAAUGGUUUGAGUUACCAACCUGAAGUUUUUUUUUUGUUUUUUUUUUAGAAGUAGUGCUUUUUUUGUUGUUAUGCUCACACUAUUACAUACAGUGUACCUUUUUUUUUU